AUGGCAGGUCGUAGUGGUUUUGAUGAUGGAAAUCCAAGGGAUUAUGGUGGCGGCGGGAGAAGAACCGCAGGCGGCCGCCCUCUGCCUACCGAGCCUCCAUACAAAGCCUAUGUUGGUAAUUUACCCUCUGGACUCAUUCAAGGAGAUAUUAACAGAAUCUUUCCUGACCUAAACAUUAAAAAUGUAAGGUUGGUUAUGGAUAAGGAAACUGAUAAAUUUAAAGGUUUCUGCUAUGUGGAAUUUGAAUAUUUGGAAGAUUUGAUAAAAGCGAUUGAAUUGAAUGGUGCCCUAAAUGUAGAUGGUAACUAUAUAAAAAUUGAUGUAGCUGAAGAAAAGAGAAAUGAUCGGGGAGGUGGCUUUGACAGAGGACGUCGGGAUGGGGGUCGCGACGGCGGCCGAGGGGGCUUCAGGCGGGAUGGGGGUCGUGGUACGUACGACCACUUUGAUGGCGUUGGUCGCGGACCGAGACACCAAGGUGGAGGGUUCACACAUGAGCGUGAACGAGGCGGUGGGCCAGGUGGUGAGCGAUGGAACGAUCGGGGGUCUCGUGGUUCAUCGGAAGAGCCUCGACCUGGAGAGUGGGGCCGUAUGGGUCGCUCCAGUAAUGCACAGAUGCACGUGCCUGCCGCCAACAGACCUCGGAGGAACUUUGAUGAUAUGCCACCUGCCAGGCCUGAUACCACUGGUAGGCCAAAACUCAAGUUGGAGCCUAGAACGGUUAAAGAGCCACUAAAUUCACUCGCAGCUACAAGUCAAGCCUCAUCAAUAUUUGGCGGCGCUCGACCGAGGGAGGAACGGCUCAAAGAGAUGAAAGAGUAA